CGUCUCUUGAGUUGUCUUCGCCAGUAAGCUACAUUUUAUUUCUAGCCUUUUAAAUUCGUCUUUGUAAAAGAUAUCUUGAUGUUUCAUAGCAUUGUAGAAUAUUAUGCCGAUAGCCAGGACAGAUGUGGCUACUGCAAAAGUCCCAAUACGCAUUUCAGCCAUGGUAUGUGGGCACAUUCCAUGACUGUGAGCGACUAUCAAGAUCUCAUCGAUAGAGGCUGGCGGAGAUGUGGAAAAUAUUGUUACAAGCCGACUAUGGAUGUUACUUGCUGCCCUAUGUACACUAUAAGGUGUAGAGCGUUAGAAUUUAAAGCUACAAAGUCUCAGAAGAAGGUAUUGAAGCGUUUCAAUAAAUAUUUAGUGGGACAAGAUGCAAAUGAGAAAUCUGAGAUGACCGGGGAUGGCAACAGGAAGAUGUCUACUUGCAGUAGUGAGGCUGACAUGGCAGAGGGGGUGGAACAAUUCCUGGAGAGUACAAAUGUGCCACAGAAAAUUGACAUUAGCAACAUUGUGAAGGCAGAUGGAGAAGAUGCUAUAGAGCAAUCUAAAGACGAACCAAAAGUACAAAUAGAAUCUGUUUCCAAGCCAGUAAGCAAUCCAUUAGAUAAAAGUAAGCCAAAAGAAAUGAAAAAAGGUGAAGGCUUUGACCCAGCUAAAGCUCCGAGUAAAAAAGCAAAGCAAUUGAGAUUGGAGAGGAAAAUGGAGAAACUUAAGGAAAAAGGGAUUGAUAUUAACUCUUUGUCCAAUACAAACAAAAAUAAGGAAAAAGAAGUGGAGGACUUUAUAAAUGAAUUACCCGAUGAUGUCAAACACAAAUUAGAGAUAAAAUUAGUGCGAACUGCACCUCCGAGCCCUGAAUGGGAGGCAACUAUGAAAGAGACUUGUGAAGUUUAUGCCAAGUAUCAGACAAUCAUACAUAAUGACAAACCUGAAAAAUGUACACCAACAAAGUUCCAUGACUUUUUAGUGCAGAGCCCAUUGCUGGAAGAACAUAGCGAAUCUGCCCCCCCAUGUGGCUAUGGCUCUUUCCAUCAACAGUAUUGGCUUGACGGAAAGCUCAUAGCCGUCGGUGUUAUAGACAUACUACCCAAGUGUGUCUCAUCAGUUUAUUUCUUCUAUGACCCAGCAUAUACACAUCUUACACUGGGCACUUAUGGAGCUUUAAGGGAGAUAGCAUUCACUAGACAGCUGCAAUCAGUCAGUCCCGCGCUAAAGUAUUACUACAUGGGCUACUACAUCCACUCCUGCAAGAAGAUGAGAUACAAGGGCAACUUCUAUCCUUCGGAUCUAGCGUGCCCUGAGACUUAUAAAUGGUUCGCAUUAAAGGACUGUAUUCCUAAGCUCGAAGUAACGCCAUAUUCUAGACUAGACCCGGACAUUGAUAGUGUUGACGAUAAUCAUCCGAAAGAUGACGAUAUUAAUUAUGUACCCGUCUUGGCCAAAGGUGUUGUAAUGCCAUAUAAGACUUAUAAGAGGAAAACUAAGAAGGGUAACUUUGAAGAGCAGUUGCUGCAGUAUUCACAAUUAGUUGGAGUGGUUUGUGCCAAGCGGAUGAUAAUAGUAAGUCAAUAAUGUAGUUACUAUAGAAAAUGUUGUUCUUUCUAGUUUAAUUCCCGCCCUCAAUGUAAAAUCUGUUUGUUCUUUGUACUUAAAUAGUGUUUUGUGAUGGAAUAGUAUUUAGUGUAAACUACCUUCGCCAUUUACUAGUAUUUUACGGAUUGUACCUGGGUGACGCAUUUAUCGACGCCGCAUCAGCAUAAUAAGCAGGCUGCGUAGCCAACACGGUACGUUGGCUAAGGACCCAGGUGACGUUUUAUACCGUCAGACUAAAUGACUUACGGUGCACCAGACGAGCUGAAAUUAUCAUGUCUGAUGAACGUCUCUCUGCGGUUUACUAUGAAACUUUACAUAAGUACAACGACAUUUAGCGAACGCUUUACCUUUGAGAGACGGUUUGGUGCAACCUACCCUUGGCCGAUUUGACAUUUACAAAUGCGGUGACACUUACGGGCCAAUUCGAACCAUGCUUAUAAUAUAAGAUAUCACAGCGAUACAGUACCGAUCUCUCAGUGUCAAAAGUGACGUUUUUGGUUGAAGAAAUGUCAAUUUUGACACUGACUGAUCGGUAUCGUAUCGCUGUCAUAUAAGCAUGCUUUGAAUUGGGCCGUUAUUCAUCCGAAUAAAGGUCUAUACGAGUAUAUGGGUCUAUAGUUGCUCAACAUACAAAUACUUCAUGAAUAUCAAUUUUCAUAAAAGUUCUAAUAAUAUACGUCCGAUAUUGAUUUAAUUAUGUCUAACUAGUCAUAAUCAAUAAGUUUAAUUCAAGUUAUCUGAUACUAAUGUUAUUCAAUGUAUGUACACCAAAAUAAAAAGCAAAUAAUUACAUACAGUCACACAGCGAAUAUUAUUAAAAAAAACAUCUUCGUCGAGUCAACCUUUGGUAGAAAGGUUGGAACGCAGCCAAAUCAUUUGUGGUGGUUUCAAGUAAACGGGGACAUACUGUCGGUAGGUACUUAGUCAAUAUUGCGGUAAUUAAUAAUAAACUUAUCGUCAACCGACACUGUGGUAACUUUUGCCUGAAAACGCCGCAUGUAUGUUUAAGCAAGUCUGCAUACAUAAGUCUUUGUUAGGAAUACCUAACUCAAAAUUAUAUUAUGCGCAGUAGGAGUACCUACGAAUCUUUAAUCUAUUAUAUAAUAUCCGAAAAAAAGACAUGCUUUAUUGAUGUUCAUUUACAAACCUGUCUUUUUCAUUUGUGACGUCCCACGGCAAAAGGUACCUUAUGGCGGCUGGCGCUUACGUCGCUUAGCGCCGCAAUAAUAUUGGAGCGGCGUUAAUAAUAGCGUAAGCGCCAACCGCCAUAAGGUACCUUUACCCGUGG